AUGAUUAAUGGAGUAUUAACCUGCUUUCUAUAUAGUAUAAGUGAGCUGGCUAUUUUAACUAACCCUUUGCUUAUCCUAAGUGAGGACUAUAUUACUGAGAUAUACCUAGGGGUGAGAAUAAAGAAAAGGUAUCUUCUAGAGGUUAUUACUUUAAGUCUAAAGAGGUUUAAGGUAGAUUUAGAGGAUAAGGGAAGCUUUAGGGAUAUAAUUAGUAUAGAGGCUAGCUUAGACCCUUAUACUAAGGAGGAGUUUUAG